CAGGACGCAAGAUUGCAUCGCUGCCAAACGGUAUGAAGUGAUAUUGUCGCUGCAGCACUACUCUGCAAUUCGCUGGAGAGUCCAGCGACGCGACAAUUUCUGGCGACGUCAAAAGAACUGUCAUUCUUAGUUUUGACAUUUUAGAACUGAUGGACGUCAUUGAAUUGAAAAAGAAAAAAAUAUAACUGAACAACAAAAACAUUCACAAAACAUCGAUUGAUUUACAACAUCGUGUGGAAUUAAAGUCAAGAUGACAAACGUUGUACUCCAUGCAGUCCAGAGGCUCCAAGCGAAUACAAAUACCGUGUAUCAUGCGUUGUAUGGACACUAUUAUUUGGGUAUAUCCAAAAAGGAUCUUGCGAAAAUCUACGGUAAAAGCCAAUCUACCAUAUAUUCUUGGUUUCGUAAGUUUGAGAAAGAGGGUGUAUACCAGCGGAAGAAACGUGCUCAAGUUUACAAAAUGUUUCGAGUGGAAAUGAGGAUAUGGUUGGUUCAGUUAUACCAAAAGCAUCCAUUAUUAUUUUUGGAUGAAGCUAAAGAGAGAUCCCAGAAGCAAUUUAAAAUCAAUAUCAGCGUGUCAUCGAUUUGCUCCAUUUUACAUGAAGCCGGACUCUCAUGGAAGACUGUUGAAAGGAGAGCGAUGCAAAUUAGGGAAGAAGAGAUUGUGAGAUUUAUGCGAGAACUUCUGGCAAUUCCCUGGGAUAUCUACAACUUAGUUUUCCUUGAUGAAGUCAGUUUCGACAAUCGGGACAUGUUACGCUGGAAGGGGUAUGGUGUUGUGGGGCAAAAAGUGAUCUACAGCGGUGAGUUUUGUCGCCGCCCACGUUUAUCAUUCUUGUGCUUUCUUGGAGUUGAAGGCAUUAUAGACAGCUUUUGGACUGAUGGAACAUUCAAUCGCGUUAAAUUUUUUGAAUGUUGUCGAGAAUUUGCACUACGAAAUCCAAAAGUUCGUCAGUACCCAGGAUGCUAUUCGGUUUGGAUACUAGAUGGCGCAAAAAUUCAUUGCGAUGCAAAUAUCAUUCGGUAUUUGCGAUCGAUUGGCAUUAUUCCCAUAUUCCUUCCGGCGUACUGUCCCUUUUUUAAUCCUAUUGAGAUCGUUUUUGGUUUUGUCAAAAAACAUUUGCAAAGAAGACACCAAGAAAACACUCCAAUAAUGGGUGAUGUCUGCGAUGCAAUGAGCUUUUUCAAACAAUAUUCCUGCCAAAAACUUUUUGCUCAUUGUGGUUACUUUCCUGGAGGACAUUUUUAUCCUGAGAAGGGACUGCAACAAAAUCCAAGCGAUUUAGGCUUAAGUGUAAUUCCUGAGUGACUUUAUCACAAUA